AUGUUACUAACAUGUAGAAAUCAUUUAGGCAUUUUGUGCGAAAACCUAAGACCAUCCCAUCUAUAUAAAUCGCAGCUUGCUUCGCUGAGCAGUGAGAAGCUGAACAACACUCGGCACUCUAAGCUGGAGGUGAUCUUCUUCAAUCGCGGAGCCAAAGUCGGAAGUGAAGCUUUGAUGGAACUCACUCAAACCAUGGCUCCCUUUAAUAACAUGACAGUGGUUACCCAAGGUCCAUUGGCUAUUAAUUCCCGCACCCGAUCCCCUAAAGAGCAAAUGAUACAGGCACUUUGGGUGACCGAAUUGGAGCCAGGGACCAUAUACAUAGAACAUUGCAAUUGGUUGGAUUUCCAUAGAUAUCAGCUACUAAGACCCAUCUACAUCAACUUGGUUCGCGAUCCCGUGGAGCGGAUGAUCAGUUGGUAUUACUACGUGCGAAGUGGAUAUCGCAAUGCCAUCCACCAUCGACGAUUUCCCAACGCAACAAUUAUGUCGGAGAAGUGGUUCAAAAAGAGUUACAACGAUUGUGUUCGCAGUGGUGACCCCGAGUGUCAGUACGUGCCUGGAAGUAUUAAAGAGUCGGUGGGUAAUUAUAAAAGACAAACCCUGUUCUUCUGCGGACACAACAGAGAGUGUUUACCCUUCGACUCUCAACGCGCCAUUCAGCUGGCCAAAUUGCACGUGGAGCGCGAUUAUGCAGUGGUAGGAACUUGGGAGGAGACAAACAUAACACUUACGGUACUCGAAGCGUACAUACCACGAUUCUUCAAGGGAGUCAGGAAUAUCUUUGAGUGUAGGUUGCAUGACGAGUUGUUUGAGAUUGUUUUAAGGACUACUUGA